GUAGUAGAUGUGACUUGAUAGUUAGGAGGGGGUCCUUAGAAUUUGUAUGUUCAGAAGUAGGAAAAUUAUACAAAGGACCAAAAGGGACUAAACUAUUAAAGGAAAGUUCAUUGAAAAUUCCAAAAGUUUUAAAAGACAUGUUGUAUGACUUGUACCAAUAUGUAAACUUUGAUAAAAACUCUUUAAGAAAAAUAGAAACUAUAGGAUUCACACAUGCUGGAUUGAAAGUAGUGAUGUUAAGAUUGGACUCCCCAACAGGAUAUGUUUGCAGGGUCUUAAGAACAAACAUGUUUGAAAUUCCUCCAAACAUUAAUGAAUUUGGUUCAAAAGCUUUAAAUGUAUUUGUUAUGACUUUAAAAGCAAAAAAAAAUAUAGAGCUUUUUGAGCAUCCAAACUCAAAAGAAGCCAAGAACCAACUUCUAGGCUUACAAGAGUGUUGUGAAGCCACAACUAACACAACACAAUCAUUUUUUAAGCUAACUCUCACAUUAAAUAGGAAUGCCAAGAAUAGUGAGGACAUAUUAUGUAAAAAUGGAAAUUAUGUUUUAGAUGGAUUAGAAUUACUAAAAAGAAAUUCCGAGACACCAUGCAGUAACAAAUAA